AUGGGUCGCAAUAAUCCAACUCUUGAAACAUUCAAAUAUUACAAAAAAGAAAAAAGAAUAUCGCAAAGGAUACCAGAUGAUUUAAUUGGAAAACAACAAGAAUUUUUAAGUUUCAUUUUAUAUCGACAUAUUCAAUAUGAUUAUCCUUUAAAUUUAAUUGGAAAUAUGGAUGAAACACCAUUAUCUUUUGAUAUUCCAAGUAAUAUGACUGUAGAGGAAACUGGUGCUAGUACAGUUAGCAUAUGUACAACUGGACAUAAAAAGUCUAAUUUUACUGUUGUUCUUAGUUGUAUGGCAGAUGGGGUUGUAAUUCGUGCUAAUCGUGAGGGAUAUAUGAAUUCAGAUGAAAUGAUUUGGUGGAUUGAAAAUGUUUGGAACUUACCAGUAGUUCCUGGCGGCCUUACAAGUAAAUUACAGCCACUUGAUGUUUGUAUUAACAAAUCAUUUAAAAAUAAGUACCGAGAAUGUUAUAAUAAUUGGAUGGCAGAAGAAAUUAAAAAUUUGACACCAACUGGACGAAUACAAUGUCCUGCUUAUAAUCUUGUAGAUGAAUGGGUACAAACUUCAUGGGAAAAGGUUGAUAUCAACCUUACACAACGUAAUUGUGUUUAUGUAGAUGAACAAAAUGAGUGUGAGAAUAAUGAAAAUAAUGAGCAUAACGAUGAGCGCACUGAGCGUAACGAUGAACGCGGCGAGUAUAACGAUGAGUGUGAUAAGCAAUUAUCUAAUGGUUAUAGUGAAAAUGCAAUAAUUUUUGAUAUAGGAGGGGUUUGUGUAGGUUCACCUUCAGAAGGAAUUGCACAAUACGAAAGAAAACAUAAUUUAUCACCAAACUUUAUUAACGUGUCAAUGUACAUACGAGAACAACUCAAAACUUCUGAAGACUAUUGGAUACAUUUAUUAAAGGAAGCUUCCAAUGAAACGGAACCUCCAAAAGAAGUACCUGACGAAAUUCAAAAAGCUUAUGAUAUUCUUGAACAACAUAAUUGGACCGAGGUGGAACGUAUCAGCUAUGAAAAGACCAGGAUGGCAAUUUUAGAUGAUGAAGAUGCAAUAAGAACGGCUGUAGGUGAAGCUGUAAGUGACAUUGCAAAGAAGCUUUUGAAAGAAGGUGUAUCUCAUGAAAUUAUUUCGAAAGUUACAGGUUUAUCAACUUCGAGAGUUGGGGAAUUAAAUAUGGAAUAA